AUGUAUCCAACCUCGACAGAGAGCUUUCAAGAUUUUAUGAAUCACAAGAUAAGAAUAGCAACAGCAGCGGAAGUGUCACCGUACAUUCUCUACCAGCGGGUGAGCGAGGCCCCGGGAACAGCCGUCCUGCUGAGAGACUCCCUUGAUGCCCGGCUCAUCCACACCUUCGCUGACAAGCUCAACUUCACUUUCGAUAUCCACGAGUCUAUCAACCGCACCUGGGGAGUGGAGACGAACGGCAUCUUCACGGGAUCGAUCGGUCUUCUACAGCGGGAGGAAAUGGACUUUUCCACUGUUACACUACCGACAGCAAAUCGCCUUAACGUUGUAGAAUUUUAUAAUAUUUAUAGUCCGGACACCUUUACAAUAACCUCCCUGAAGCCGACGCUGCUACCAAAAUAUCUCUCUCUCAUACGUCCAUUUCAAGGAAAGUUGUGGGUGGCGCUGCUAGUGAGCGUGGUGGUGUGGGGCGCGACCCUGUGGCUGCUGCAGAGGGCGUGGCAGUGGGUGGCUGGAGGGCGUCGGGUGGAACUCAUCACAACCUUCCUAUACUCCUGGGGCGCCCUCCUGCAGAACUUGCCCUCAGAACCCUCCGUCAACUUCUCUGGCAGGUUGUUGGUGGGGUGGUGGCUUGUGUUCUGCCUGACAGUCACUACAGGGUACAAUUCCUCUUUGAUGGCUCACCUUACUGUACAAGGCCGGUCCCGGCCAAUAGAGUCCUUCGAGGACCUGGUGAACCUGCCAGGCUGGAGGUGGGGAACGACUAAAUGGAUCUUAUCGGAAUCAAUAGCUGAAUACUUUAUGAAACAUCCAAAUCCUGCGGUCAAUCAAGUUUAUCGCAAAAUGGAGGUCGUAAAGGACGACGAGGCGCUGAAGAAGGUGCUGGCGGGGGGAUUCUCCUUCAUCAUCUACAAGAUCUUCGUCACCAUCAACAUAGCAACACGAUACACAGAUGGGAGAGGCAACACUCCCUUCUACAUGAGCAGGGACAUUCCUAUGUUUGUUGGGUCAGGAUGGUGCAUUAGAAAAGGUGCACCUUUUAGCCAGCGAUUCAAUCAACUCAUAACUCGCCUGAAUGCUGCAGGAAUUAUUAACUACUGGACUAAAGACUUGUUAGCCAAUAUAGCGAGGGAGAAAAGGAAGGUUGUGAAAGAGGACACUGAGAAUAUCCAUGGAGAUUCAUAUCAGAGACAACUUCCUAUCAACGAUCAACCCCGUUCCAUAAAAAAUUAUCUUCCCAAAGUCCCCUUCGUCAACGUCUCUUACACGCCAUUCGUUUGA